AUGCGACCAUCACCUGAACCACCGGACAAAACAACAAAUCGCUUCUCAAUGCUUAGCGAAAUGGAUACAUACGACACCCACAUUUUCCCUACAUUACACCAAAAACAAACAGCAAUCAACCAACCAAAAUACUUGACAAUAUCAUCAACUAACAACCAAUUAGCAAAACUUUCCCCGUUUAUAAUAAAAAAGGGUAUUGAUGCGAUAUCAACCCAAAUAGAUAGCAUCAAACAACUAAAAGACGGCUCUUUACUUGUCUUAGCACGAAAUUCGAAAAUAGCGGAUAAAUUUCUGAAAACUAAAACUCUAUCAAACGUGUGCCCUAUCACGGUCAAGUUGCAAGAAAACCUUAACACGGUUAAAGGUAUGAUUUAUGCCCCAUGUCUCAACUUCGUAAAAGAAGAAGAGAUCAUCGAAGAAUUAAAAAGUCAGGGAGUAUCAGGCAUUUACAAAUUCACUCGCACACUCGAUGGCAAAACAAUGCCCACUGGAAAAAUGGCAGUCAAUUUCGACUUAUACCAUCUUCCAAAAACUCUGGACAUAGCAUGGUACAAGGUAAAAGUUUCCCCUUAUUACCCAAACCCGAUGCGCUGCAAGAAUUGCCAACUUCUUGGCCACACAAAAACCCGAUGCACUAACCCUAGCACAUGCGAUGGAUGCAACUUACCACCCCAUUCCCCAACAGAAUGUACACGUAAACAGUGCGCAAACUGUGGCGAAGAUCACUUCUCUUCGGACAGAGACUGCCCUAGAUAUAAGCAAACCAAAGAAAUCUUAAAAAUAAAAACAAUCGAAAAGUGCUCGAUGGGCGAAGCCCGCCGCAAAUAUAGCGAACGUUUAAAUCAUGUACAAAAACCUCAAGAAACAUAUUCCAACAUCUGCCAAUCAGAAACUAACAAAUCAAAUACGCCAACAAUAACAACAUCCAAACGAUCUGCUUCACCAACAAAAACCAAUACGACCAAAAUACCAAAAACUCAUACGUCUCCAAACAAAAGCAAAACCGACAACGUCACCGCUAUUCAAAGAACAACUACCCAAGUUAUUAACAAUACAAACCAAAAUGCAAACAACAGCAUUAAGAAAACAACAACGAACCCUUCACUUGAAUGUAUACUACCACACUUCAGCAAAGCACCAAUCAACACACAAACCAACACUAGCGCAUCUCCACUCAGCAAUAUAACUCAGCAACUUCUAUCAGCAGACAAAUAUUUUAUGUCUGUCUCGGACUCCGAAGAAGAGCCUAAAUUAUAG